GUUAGAGGUAAGACUGUUUACUUUUAAAUAUUGAUGUAUACUUUACUGGCUGGAUACUAGAAAAGAAACCAUUUAGGAUAUGCAACAGUUAAAGUAUUAUUCUAAUUGACAUGUAAUAUACUGAAAUGGAAGAAUUAUUAAAAAAACUUGCUGAUGCUGUAUUUGUGCUUCCUUUAACCGCCGGUCAACUGUCAAGAAAGCGUAAUACCGGAGUUGAUGGUGUUUCGCCUGGACUUGAUGGUACUGUUACUGGACCAGUUUUGUGUAUCACAGCAUUAGCAAUACUUUGUCAAAUAUUUUCCCUCAGCUCCCAUGGGUCACAUUCGUCCCAUAACAGUGUUCUGACAUUAAUGACCAUUUUUGUUUUUCUCAGUGUAGCAUCCUGCAUUGCUAUAUCAAUAUAUUCACAGACAAGACCAGAUGUGCACAGAAACACACAUGAUUGGAAUAUUAGCAUUGCUCUCGAAAUCCGAUUUUACUGGUUAUUUAGCUUGGCUUGUUUAGCUUAUGUGAUUAUAAAAUUAUGUUUUCAUAUUGAGUGCUUUCAUAUAAAUCACCAGCGUGUUAACGUUUCCGUCUUAAUCGCCAAUGAUGUCGGAUUCCUUCUAUUCUAUUUAUUUCAGACCGGAUUUUUUACUCGGUACCUGCAUUAUAGAUUUGAGCAUCGUAUUGGUGUGUACUAUGGAUUAUUGAUAAUUGUUAUUACAAAUCUUUCCAUAUUUUGUCACGAAUUUGCUAUCCUUUACCAUGACCCACUGUCACAUUCACAUUGGAAUGCUACAGUUACUGACAAAUGUCAUAACAUGUCAGUUAGCACGUUUGUAAUCUUAAAGAACUCAAAGCCUUUUUUACACCCAGCACUCUUCGAAUAUUCAUUACUAACAAUGAUAUUUCUUUCCAAAGUUUGGCCAAGGGAAUCUUGUAGCGACGACAUUCAGAGAGCUUCCGGAGGUUACGAGAACGUUUAUGAAAGUAUUGAUUACGAAGAAUCAAGCCGGUUAGUAGAGAGACGACGUGCUUCAAAUCAAACAGAAAUUGCCUUUUUAAGUUUGAAUACAACUUCCAGCACUGAUAUCAACCGCCGAACCCGGAAGUUUAUUAGUAUAUCUUUGGCUGUUAUAAUAAAUAUGCCGGCAGUAGUUUUACACAUACUUAACAUUAUAAACGAAGAAUCAAUUACAGAGUUUGCCUCUACAAUUUACAAUAUAGUCCAACAACUCGUCAUAUUGUACCUUAAUUUAAGAUGUUUCUAUAUGAUGAAAAACCAGUGCGAGCUUCGAUCUCGUGAAAUACGCAGGGAACAAUACACAAGCAGAGCAAAUCAGUACAUUCUCCUCCUUAGUUCAUUUGGUAUUAUGGCUUACUACACGGUAGUACUGUAUGCUAGAAUAUCGAGUCUGGAUAAAAUCAAAUCAGAUACUGACAAAACGAAAAUAUUGCUUGACAUCAGUCGUAUGGUUUCGACAUAUCUUCAAACGGUAUUUCUUUUGCAAAUGAAGCAUUAUCAAAAGACCGUUAACAUUGAUUCCGUCAGGUCGAUCGAAUAUUUGUGCCUGUUUCUUGCAGUUGAAAACUUAUGUUCUUGGGCAAUCAACACCUUCAUUGACUCUGAGACUGUUUUAAUAAAUGAUGUACCAUUUAAAUUCUUCGGACAAGAACGAUGGUCUCAUUUGUUUAGGUUUUGGUAUCCAUUUAUUAUAUUUUAUCGUUUCAAAUGCUUUGUUGUAUUUUACAGCUUCUAUCAUUUGUUACGAUGAACACAAAUAGUAUAGGAAAAUUGCUCUUGUCUGCAUUUAACAAUGUUAUAUUAUGAUCAGCACUGGCAAAUAUAUGUUUGCAAAUUUUAUUGAAUGUACAUACAAAAAAUU